CUCCCACAGCUCAUCCCAGCAGAGUGAGGAAAAAGCGAGAGAGAGAGAGCGUUGAAAACCACACUCUUUACAACAAAAGUUCACUCACUGCUUCAUUUUAACUUCUCUAAACUUCGACAGGAUUAAAGCUGCGAGUUUGGGAGUUUCCUUUCGCCUCCCUGUGUUUGGGUGAGUUUUAUUUCUUAAGGGAAACAGGAGAGAGGAGAAAAGUUUGCAGCCGGACGGGAAUUUUUUAAUCCUCCAUUUUGAAGCGCGUCACUCAAGUUGUUUUAGUGGUUUUUUUUUGAACCUCUGAGAACAUGACGGCCGUCAACACGCCCAACAUCAACUUCAAAUGGGAUCCCAAGAGCCUGGAGAUCCGCACGCUGGCUGUGGAAAGACUCCUGGAGCCGCUGGUCACCCAGGUGACCACUCUGGUCAACUCGAGCAACAAAGGACCGUCCAACAAGAAGAAGGGCCGAUCCAAAAAGGCCCACGUCCUGGCCGCCUCAGUGGAGAGCGCCACGCAGAACUUCCUGGAGAAAGGCGAGAAGAUCGCCAAAGAGAGCCAGUUUCUCAAAGAGGAGCUCACCGCCGCCGUCGAGGAUGUCCGCAAGCAAGGAGAUGCCAUGCGUCAGGCCUCGGGGGAGUUUGCUGAAGACCCCUGUUCCUCGGUGAAGAGAGGGAACAUGGUGCGAGCGGCUCGGGCUCUUCUCUCAGCCGUCACACACCUGCUGGUGCUGGCCGACAUGUCCGACGUCUACCUGCUUCUUCUGCAGCUCAAACUGGUGGAGGAAAACCUGGCGAAGGUGCGUAACGCCGGGACGGAGCAGGACCUGGGCAUCCAGUACAAAGCUCUGAAGCCUGAAGUGGACAAACUCAACAUGAUGGCAGCCAAGAGACAGCAGGAGCUGAAGGAUGUGCAGCAUAAGGAGCAGAUGGCGGCGGCACGCGGCGUGCUGCAGAGAAACGUCCCCCUGCUGUACACGGCCUCCCGCGCCUGCCUGCAGCACCCAGACGUAGCCGCCUACAAAGCCAACCGAGAGCUCAUCUACAAGCAGCUGCAGCAGGCCGUCUCGGGGAUCUCCAACACGGCCCAGGGUGUCAGCACCGAGGACUCCGGACUGGGUCAGCACACCGGGCCCGGAGAGCUCGCCGGGGCCCUCAACAACUUCGACAAGCAGAUCAUCGUGGACCCCCUGAACUUCAGCGAGGAGCGCUUCCGUCCGUCACUGGAGGAGCGUCUGGAGAGCAUCAUCAGCGGUGCCGCGCUCAUGGCCGACUCGUCCUGCACACGCGACGACCGCCGCGAGCGCAUCGUAGCCGAGUGCAACUCCGUGCGCCAGGCGCUGCAGGACCUGCUGUCCGAGUACAUGGGCAACGCUGGACGCAAGGAGAGGAGCGAUGCUCUGAACACCGCCAUCGACCGGAUGACCAAGAAGACCCGAGACCUGCGCAGACAGCUGAGGAAGGCCGUGAUGGACCACGUGUCCGACUCUUUUCUGGAGACCAACGUCCCCCUGCUGGUCCUCAUCGAAGCCGCCAAAAACGGAAACGAGAAGGAGGUGAAGGACUACGCCCAGGUUUUCCGUGAGCACGCUAACAAGCUGAUCGAGGUCGCCAACUUGGCCUGCUCCAUCUCCAACAACGAGGAGGGCGUGAAGCUGGUGCGCAUGGCCGCCAUGCAGCUGGAGACCCUGUGUCCUCAGGUGAUUAAUGCAGCGCUGGCCCUGGCUGCCAAACCCAACAGCAAGGUGGCCCAAGAUAACAUGGAUCUGUUUAAGGAGCAGUGGGAGAAGCAGGUGCGCGUGCUCACGGACGCCGUCGACGACAUCACUUCCAUCGACGACUUCCUGUCUGUAUCCGAGAACCACAUCCUGGAGGACGUGAAUAAGUGCGUGAUCGCCCUGCAGGAGAGGGACGUGGAUGGGCUGGACCGCACAGCCGGCGCCAUCCGCGGACGAGCCGCCCGCGUCGUCCACGUCGUCACCUCCGAGAUGGACAACUACGAGCCCGGUGUUUACACCGAGAAAGUUCUGGAAGCCACUAAACUCCUGACUGACACAGUGAUGCCACGUUUCACCGAGCAGGUAGAAGCAGCAGUGGAGGCUCUGAGCGCCAAUUCUCAGCCAGUGGACGAGAACGAGUUCAUCGACGCGUCCCGUCUGGUGUACGACGGCGUGAGGGAUAUCAGGAAGGCUGUGCUCAUGAUCCGGACCCCUGAGGAGCUGGACGACUCGGACUUCGAGACUGAGGACUUCGACUCUCGCAGCAGGACCAGUGUGCAGACUGAGGACGAUCAGCUCAUCGCUGGACAGAGCGCCCGGGCCAUCAUGGCUCAGCUGCCUCAGGAGCAGAAGGCUAAAAUCGCAGAGCAGGUGGCCAGCUUCCAGGAAGAGAAGAGCAAACUGGACGCCGAGGUCUCCAAGUGGGACGACAGCGGCAAUGACAUCAUCGUUCUGGCCAAGCAGAUGUGCAUGAUCAUGAUGGAGAUGACCGACUUCACCAGGGGAAAAGGGCC